ACAAGGAUUAACUAUGUUGCCCAGGCUGGUCUCAAACUCCUGGACUCCAGUUAUCCUCCCACCUCAGCCUCCCAAAGUGCUAGAAUUACAGGCAUGAGCCACCAUCACCAUGCCCAGCGUAAUCAGCUAUUAAAUAGAAUAACUGACUUCCCUUACCUCCAGAGAAUGGCAAUAUUUUUCAUGCUUGCUUCCUACUAAAACUACAGAAGAAAACAUAGCUAAGAAAUUGUGUAACCAUGUCCCUCCCUUCUUUUGAAAGAAGUCUGCCUACUGACAGUUAUGCUUUCUGGAUAUAUCUCCUUGAAUCUAGUGUAUCCAAUGUCAUCAAAAUUGUGUUGUAAAGCUAAAACAUUAGCACUAUAUUAGAAAAAGCAAAUUAUUUAUUAACCCCAUCUUUAUUCACUAAACUACUUAAAAUAUUGACACUGAUUAAUAAUACGAAUAUAGUUGCUGCUUUCACAGAACAAUGUAAGCAACUAAAAGUAAAUACACAAAAAAAGCACUAAUUUUCUCUGGGAGUUAACACUGUUACAGGUGACUUACUCUCUUUAUACUCACCCACAGUUCCAUAAAUUUCUACAAAUAUACAUUACUGUUAUAAUAUUUAAUGUGAUUUUUUAAUGCAAACUCAAAAAGCUUAAGAGUCCAAUACUUGUCAAAAGCCAAAAAAUAUAUGGGCAUUAAUUUAAAUAGUAAUUGUUUAAGCAGGAUAGACUGCUAAUAAAUGAAAAAAAAUAGUGACUGUUAGAAGUCAACUGUUCUCGGUCGGUGCCGCAUCCCCAGCCCGCCGCCAUGGCAGCCUACAAACUGGUGCUGAUCCGGCACGGCGAGAGCACAUGGAACCUGGAGAACCGCUUCAGCGGCUGGUACGACGCCGACCUGAGCCCGGCGGGCCACGAGGAGGCGAAGCGCGGCGGGCAGGCGCUACGAGAUGCUGGCUAUGAGUUUGACAUCUGCUUCACCUCAGUGCAGAAGAGAGCGAUCCGGACGCUCUGGACCGUGCUAGAUGCCAUUGAUCAGAUGUGGCUGCCAGUGGUGAGGACUUGGCGCCUCAAUGAGCGGCACUAUGGGGGUCUAACCGGUCUCAAUAAAGCAGAAACUGCUGCAAAGCAUGGUGAGGCCCAGGUGAAGAUCUGGAGGCGCUCCUAUGAUGUCCCACCACCUCCGAUGGAGCCCGACCAUCCUUUCUACAGCAACAUCAGUAAGGAUCGCAGGUAUGCAGACCUCACAGAAGAUCAGCUACCCUCCUGCGAGAGUCUGAAGGAUACUAUUGCCAGAGCUCUGCCCUUCUGGAAUGAAGAAAUAGUUCCCCAGAUCAAGGAGGGGAAACGUGUACUGAUUGCAGCCCAUGGCAACAGCCUCCGGGGCAUUGUCAAGCAUCUGGAGGGUCUCUCUGAAGAGGCUAUCAUGGAGCUGAACCUGCCGACUGGUAUUCCCAUUGUCUAUGAAUUGGACAAGAACUUGAAGCCUAUCAAGUCCAUGCAGUUUCUGGGGGAUGAAGAGACGGUGCGCAAAGCCAUGGAAGCUGUGGCUGCCCAGGGCAAGGCCAAGAAGUGAAGACCGGCGGGGAGGAUACUGUCCCCAGGAGCACCCUCUCUGCCCAUCUUGUCCCUCUGCCCCUCCCACCUGCACAUGUCACACUGACCACAUCUGUAGACAUCUUGAGUUGUAGCUGCAGAUGGGGACCAGUGGCUCCCAUUUUCAUUUUAGCCAUUUUGUCUCCUGCACCCACUCCCUUCAUACAAUCUAGUCGGAAUAGCAGUUCUAGAGCACAGGUUCUCCGCCUAAGCUGUGGAAAAGCUCCCCUUACCCAACAGAGUUUAAAAGUAGUGACUUGGGUUUUUGCGAGUGCUUUGUUUACUAAGGGCUUGUGGGAAGGAACCAUGCUAAGCCAUGACCAAUGAGGAGAAGCAACAGAGCCUGUCUGUCCCCAUGAGCCAGUCUUCUGCUCUUCUGCAGUCAGGCCACUGCCUUGGGGGGCUCUAGUCAUUCCAGUGGAAGAUGAAUGUAGCCUGCAUGGUGAUGUGACAAAUGUUUCCUCCCUGACCCCAGAGGAUCUGGCUCUAGGUUGGGAUCAGUCCUGAAUUUCGUUAUGUGUUACAUUUACUUUUAUUAAAAAAGCAUAGUAUAUAUAAAUAAUACAAAACAGUAA